GCUGUGGCUGCUUCUGCACCACCCCCUUCAUUUCCCCACAAUCAACAGGAAGACUGGAGGCCGGCAGAGAGCCACACUCUGCAUGAGAGGAAGGACGCAGAGGUCCAGCUGUACAGUCAGAACAAAGGAAAACAAUCAAGGCAAAGGAAUGAGCAAGAAUCAGAAAGAAGUGAAGAAAAUUCAGUCAGUUUAUCUGCAGAACUUGGAAAAACUAAACCAGGGGAUAAAGCCGGACAAGAAAAGUUGGAAACCAAAGGACGGAGACUUUGCUGUGCAAACAGCAAUGGAAAAGCUGCGACAGCCUCCCAUAGCUGGAAAGGUAACCAAAGGCUCAGCACACACAAACAGAAUCAGCAGAGACCUUACCUGCUCCAUCUGCUUGGAUCUUUUCAAGCAGCCAGUGUCUUUGCCCUGUGAUCACACCUUCUGCCAGGGGUGCAUUGAGGGUUACUGGACUGGUCCGCGGGGCCCCGGGCAGGGAGGCACAGGCUCCUGCCCUCAGUGCAGGAAGGUGUACCCCGGACAAAGCUACAGGCCCAACCGCAUUGUUGCCAACAUAGUGGAGAGCUAUUGUCAAGGUUUGGAGGAGAGUGGGACUGGACCCCGCCUGCCAGAUGUUGGGGUGGCAGAGAGGGUUCCUGCUCCGGUCCCACGCUGCAGCAGACACAGAGAGGAGCUGAAGCUCUACUGUGAGGAGGACCAGGAGCUGGUGUGUCUGGUGUGUGGUCUCUCCCAGGAGCACAGAAAUCAUACCAUGGCGUGUGUCCAGGAGGCUGAACAGAAGUACAGGGCAUCUCUGAACAGCUCCAUGGAUUCCCUUAAAGCUGAACUCAACACAGCGCUGCAGUACGACAGGGAAGCCGAGGAGGAGGUUAGAAAGCUCAAGGAGCACACGGCUGACCUGAAGCAGCGCAUUGAGGCCCAGUUCAGCGACCUGCACCAGUUCCUGUACCAAGAGGAGAAGCUGCUGCAGGUGAAGCUGAAGACAGAGGAAAGGAGAGAGCUGAUCCGACUGGACGAGCACAAGGCCCUGUUGUGCGUGGAGAUCUCUCGUCUGCAGAGAGCCGUCCACGAGAUAGAGGAAAAGCUGAAAGAGCAGGACCCGUUCACUCUGCUCCGGAGCAUCAAAGUCCUCCUCCAGAGGCCGUCGCUGAAGUUUGAGAAACCUGCGUUUACACCGCCCAGUCUAUGCGAGGGUCGGUUUGCAGGGCCCCUGCAGUACAGAGUGUGGAAAUCCAUGAAAGGGAGCAUUUAUCCAGUUCCAGCGGCCAUCACAUUUAACUCCAGCACGGCCAACCCAUGGCUCAGCCUGACCUCCUCCCUCACCUGUGUUCGCUAUCAGACCUUUAACCACACCGUGCAGGACAACCCUUACAGGUUCAAUGCUGCCCUGUCACUGCUCGGGAGCCAGGGCUUUACCCACGGACGCCACUACUGGGAGAUUGAAGUCUACAGCAGCACAGUCUGGACUGUGGGGGUGGCACGGGAGUCAGUGCCCAGAAAGGGAGUCAUCAAAGCCCUCCCAGCCAACGGCUUCUGGACUCUCUCCCUUUCUUAUGGCAUACAGUACAUGGCUGGCACUUCACCCCCAAAAGUCCUGUCCCUGGAGGAGCCACUAGCCAGGAUUGGAGUGUACCUGGACUACAAGAGGGGGCUGGUGUCCUUCUACAAUGCAGAGAGCAUGACACACCUCUACACCUUCAGAGAGACCUUCACCGAGACGCUGUACCCUUACUUCAACCUGGGCUUUCUUGAUAAAGUGCAUGAAAAUGAGCCUCUCAAGGUUUUCUUACCAAAGAUUUAAAACAACUGUGACAAAAAUACAACUGAAAAGGGAACAAAAGCAUAAAAAGUUACCAAACAAAUGUUCUUUGUUCUUUCUAUUGUACAGAAUUAGAUACAACAGACGAUUUGUAAUUGUGCAAUGUACAAUAAAUAUUAUAUCCAUCCAUUAGAAAUAGAUGUAUCUUAAAGUAGCCCUGUGCCUUUGUGGGCAUUGCAGCCUAUCUUUGCCUGUUACUGCCACCUGUUGAUCAGUAAAAUAGGGUGACACCAUUGGUAGGACUGUGUAUAUGCAUUCCCAAACAAAACAGGGACCUACUCGAUAUAAGAGGUCUAAAACUCCACAGGGAACCUUUACGUAACACAUUUGUAACACACAGUUCCGUUUGUAGACCGGAUCUACUGCCACUCAUUUCAUUUCAGAGAAGCUGUGCUUCAGUGAAGAAUGUGAAACUGUCUGGGUACCUGGCUGUUGUGAGAUUAAUGGAGUGUGCUAUUAUGUUUAUUUUAAUAAUUCAAUAAUCUUUCUUGUGCAUGAUACACUUAUACAUUCAAUAAAAUAUCACUCUAUACUGUGAUUGUUUUGGACGUGUUGAGGUUUUAGUUGAUUACAUGGGGUCAUAUCAUACUAAUGAGGUAUUCGGUACAUUCAGAGACCUCAGGAGAUGUUUAACCUUUUGAUUGGAGCUGGUAGCAGAACACUAAGAACAAGUCUUUUUUAUGUGAACAAAUGGUUAUAAUUUUGGAUAUCUACUUUGUACUUGUGCUAGAUGCAUCGACUGUACCAACUGUUCAUCCUGUUAAGUGGCACACACAGAAUUAUAUGGUUGUUAUUUUUAAUAAAAGCAUUUCUUCAAA